AUGCCUCCGAAGAAAAAGAAGACUUUGCAACAGAAGAACACCAAAAACUCGGAAAAUUUGGAAUCGACGGAGAGUCUGAAUCCUAGUGCGAUCUCGCAGAAGUCCAUCUUCCAGGAAUGCGCCAAGGAGCCGUGGUUCUUUGGAUACCUUCCGGGAGAAAUAUUAAUGGUAAGCAAAACGGGGUUUUUUGCAAUUCUUGGCGAAAAACGCCGCUGUGGGCAAAAAACUCAACUUUUUCAAAACUGGGGCUAGCUAAAUUUUAAUUUUCAGCAAUAUCUCCACAAUACCGGCGACUUUGCUCUAUGUUAUAUGGAUCAGUUGGAGUUGAUUGUCAAAGGAGAGACCACGAAACACAUGGUAGCUGCUAUCAUCGAGAACAAUGAGGUCAGACUCCCGCAUAUAGCAAAGGUAUGUGUAUCCAAAAAGUGUCAUUUUUGGUCCUCUCAACAGCGAGAUUACCUUUUCGCUUGCCAUAAAAAUCAAUAAUGUGUCGUGUUUUCAGUCAUUUCAAAGUGUUCCCAAGAUGGUUGAAGAGAUGAAACGUCGCCGUUUCAAACUGGAAAAGAACGGCGAACGACUGAAAUUGGGACGACCGAUUGAAACUCCAGCUUGGGUUUUGAGCAAGGAUUUUGUCCGCACUGUCAAAUGCAUUGACAGUGAAACUGGUAAGCGGGCUACGGAAUAUUACGUUUUAACUUAAAAUAAUUCUUGCGUUUUCGUAGAGCGCGAGCCGCGGGAUUUGUGAUGGCAAUCUUUCCCUUCCUUAAAACUUGGGCUGUCAUUAUUUGCUAAUAUGACUUGUAAUUCAGGUUUCCACAAGCUGUACAUAGGCAAAAUGUUUGGUAAAAUCGGAGUUUUGGUGAAAAUGACGGCCGAAGAUAUGUCCAAGAACAGUAUUGAGAAGACAAAUCGAGCCUUGCUGAACGAAUGUCGAAGAUUGAUAAGCCUAAGACAUCCGAAUAUCGUCUUAGUAAGUCAGCACUCUCCACUUCAAAUUUUGGGAUUCUAACUCGACAAAUUGAAAUUUUUACAGUAUGUUGAAGUGGAUAAAAUUGCAAUUUGCCCUCCUUGACGACUCUUAAAACUUCAAAAAUUCAUUUUUUUCAUUUUAUAGGUCUACGGAAUUGUCUGUGUUGACCUUCCAAUUCAAUUGAUUUGUGAGAUUUGCAACGGAAAGUCGCUGAAGCAAUUUUUAAUUCAUCAUGGAUCAACCUGCUGCAAUACCGAACGUCUCAAAUUUGCUCAACAAGUGGCCUGUGCUGUUCAAUAUGUCCACAACGCGUAAGUUUAUCCAUAAAAAGCAGGGUUAAUUUGACGAACGGCAUGACAAUACCGUUCGAAAAAGCCAGGGCGCAGCUCGCAGAAUGAAACAAUUGUGACUAAUAGCCUAAAUUUUUCAGAAACGUUGUGCAUCGUCAAGUGGUCGCCGACACAUGCCUAAUCAGCAAUUAUGGCCAAAUAAAAUUGUCUGGAUUUGGCCUAGCAGCCACUCCAGAAGAGCUCAACGGAACCCGAAUCGAUAUUCUAACUCAACAAAACAUCCCAUUGAGAGCCAUGCCACCCGAAGCUUUGACUCAUAAACCCCUUUUUACACUCAGUUGCGAUGUCUGGUGGGCAUUUUCACAUUUCCAGCCUUUGAAUUUCAUUAAUUUCUAUUGCACUUAACAUGCAGGUCAUUCGGAGUCUUUUUGUACGAGAUUUUCUCGAAUGGUGAAGGUCCAUGGCCAAAAUUGGAACCGAAGAGGAUUGCCACUGCGAUCAGAAAGGCGCAGAUGCCAGGUUAUCCGCCAAAAAUGCCUCUAGAGGUCAAGGAAUUUGUUGCUACAAAAUGCUGGAUAAGGAAUCCACAAAGCCGAGCCAAAAUGAGCGAAAUCAAGCUCUUUUUGGAUGAGCUGUUGAUGAAGAGUUCGGAUUCGAAUCCAACUGAAAGCAAAAUUGUAAGCGUUUUCUGCUUCGAGAAGCAAUUUUCAAGGAUUUUGGGCCUCGCCAUGAACAUUUGUUAUCGUGGCAUUGUGUUUUAGACGCUUAUAGUUCAAUUUCACACGUUCAAAUUUGAUUUUCAGAGUUCGCUAAACGUUCUCGAUGGUGUUGAGCCUCUGUCCCAACGAAAAAUAGAGCAAAGGUUUGAGGAGUCAAUCCAUAAAUUCAAUGAUCUCCGUCAAACCGCCGUUUGGCCAGGCAGGGAGAAUACAGCCGAGAUUUUGAUCGAAAUAAACUCGGCAUCGCUGAAGAAGAGGGGAGAUAGAAAUAAGGACAUAGCGAAAAUGCUUGCCAAAUCCAAUUCUAUUAGAUCCAAAACUCAAGCGAUGACUGCUAGGACUACGACAACAACACCACAGAGAGAGGUAAGCUACAAUUUAAUAGUCUAUGCUAGACGAAAAGUUUGUACAAGAGUUUUACUUUACAGUGGGGGACCUGAUCCAACGGCAAAAAACGCACCAUUUUGCAUCCAGGAAGUAUCAAAAAUGUGGCAAAAUACCUCCCUCUUCAAGUGAAAAAGCUCAGAUUUCAAAAGCGCGCCCGCUCUUUUUGUGAGGGAAAGGCACUACCACCUAAUUCACCCUUCAAAACGAAGUUUUUUCUUUUGAAGAGGGAAGCAUUUUGCCACAUUUUUGACACUUCCUGGAUGCAAAAUGGUACGUUUUUUGCCACUGGAUCAGGUCCUCCACUGUAAUAUUCUAAAUUUGCACAAUUCAAUUUCCAGAAGACCGAUAUCAUAAACGAAGACGGGCAGACGAAAUCAGAUGCCCAUAGUUCCAAAACCAAACGCAAGGGUGCGAAAAAACCGGCAAGCAAGAGAGCCAAGAGCCUUUUCAAAAAUCCUGCUCCCAGCGAGGCACAGACUCCAGCGAAGAAGCUGCCCAGACCGGCACAUGCCCACGAUGACAUUGACGACGAUUUCAGUGGAAGUUUGAAGGAAGAUUAG